GCACUCAUACAGUAGAAGCAGCAGUACUAGUAGCAGCUACUGCUCCCCCUGUCGGUCAGUGUGGUCACGUACACAUACAAUGAGUAAGGUCGUGAUGACAGAAGUUGAUGGGUGAAGUGCAGUUAUAAUCGCUACCGAGUCUCAAGUCUGUAUACAGGGUAUCUCCGCUGUACGGAGAAGACAUUCUUUACUGGAGUGGACGGUGGAUCUGCAGCCCUGCAUACUAAACAGGAAAACAAGCUUCUCAUCAUGAACUGUGACAUAGAAGGAGACAUGGAGAACCAGGUGGAGAUGGAGGAGAAGAUGAGGUUAAUAAAUCAGGUUUUGGAACUUCAGCACACACUUGAAGACCUGUCAGCACGGGUUGAUACAGUCAAGGAGGAGAACCUGAAGUUGAAGUCUGAGAACCAGGUCCUUGGACAGUACAUCGAGAACCUCAUGUCUGCGUCUAGCAUCUUCCAGACCACCGAGACCAAGAGCAAACGAAAGUGAGCUACCCUCAAUAAAACAAAACCCAAAGUCCUGGGUGAGCGGCUGGGAGAGGAAAUUCAUCAUGGAGAUCUGGAGAGGGGUUUGUUUUCUUAGCACACCUGGGUGUUUUCUGCAACCGUUUGAGCUUGUUUACCUGGGUCCACACUACGUUUAAGUUUAUUCUAAAACAGAAACUGACCUUCAAUAAACAACCCAUUCAGUUGUCUCAGAUACAUGCUAGUCUGGCGCAGGUCUGCGUUGCAGCAGUUUCCUGUCCUUACUACAUAUCACCCUUUAAUCACUAACACACACACAAAAGAACCAGAGUAUGUGUAUGAAGUGGUUAAGGGUUAUUUGUACCUUGAGGUUCUUCUCAGUGCUCUGGAAAAUAAUUUGAGAGUACUGAGAAGUACAAAAAGGUUUGUUUUGCCGGCUUGGUUAUCUGUUUGAAGGCAGGUUUGACUUUUCUGUGGUUUCCUAACUGUGUGACAGUGUUCCUGUUUCAGAUUGACCUGUAAGUGGGCUGAAACGUACCAGAAAUAUCACACAAACUGUUAACACUGGUUUAUUUUGUAAUUUAUUAGGUAAAAUAUUUCCUGUCAGCUGGAUCUGAGUGCUUGGUAGGUCUUGGAUGUCAUCAUAUAUACAGAUAGCAUGACCUCCACUUAAAAGUUGGCAAACUGGACAGUGUUAAAUGAAAAUAAAUGUAUUUAGGUGGCAUGUGCAUCUCUUACAUGGUUUUCGUUUUGUUGAGCAGUUAACAUAUCUAAUGAAAAGUCAAUACAUCAAUAAUCAAUGGUUUGUAGAUUGUAAAACUGUUGCUAAUAUUUUAAUGAUACUAGGUGGGUACUAGAGCUCAGCAACAGCACAAGGAUAAGCACAGAGAAACUAAAAGUUGUGUAAAUUAGCACGGCAUAAAAGUGUAGGUCAGUUAUGUUUUGACUCCAAGUGGUUGAUUUUUUUUAAAAUCACUUUGACAAGGUUUUCUUUAUGUACUUAAAAGUUAUUUGCAACCAUUUAAGUUCAUCACAUCAUCAGGGAGUGUUGUGGCACACGCUGUGCAGCAAGACUGACAGAGGAAAUGCUACAGAUAUGCUAAAUCCCUGCAUAUUACAUUUGUGUCCUUAUCCUGUAAUAGUUGUGGGGGUGGGGGAGGAAAUGGGCAAAUGACAUGAGGAGGCAAGGAAAGAAAUGCUUUCCCCUUUAACUGCACCACCACCAACAACAGCAGUAAAGAGGCCUGAGUGUUAUUGAUCGGCUGAGUCGGGCCAGGACUCCAUGGCCUGCUAGAGAAUGGGUUUGACUGUAAAAUGUGUAGCAGAGUGGAGGGUGUGUCGGCAAGACCUUGGCUUGCUGCCUCCAGUAAAAACAAAGGGAUGAUUGUGGAAGGACAUGAAAAGUAAUGUAUUCUGAACAGGCUUUAUUUCCUUUAGACUGAAGUAUCUGGUAGAGUAAUAUCUGGAAAGCAGUAAUUCAAGUGACUCGGUGCUGUUUGAAAAGGGAGGAAAGGAAGUGGAGGAAAUAUUAUAAGAGGCUUUAAAUAUUGUAUAUGCUGUAAUUUAUUGAGCUUAUUUUGUUAUUUUUAACAGCUGUACAGUAGUAUUUUAGUUUCCUCCCGGAAUGCUGAACAUGCCCUACCUAUGCACACCCUGCACCUUUGCCUUUGAACAUUUUUGUUUUAAUAAAAACCUGAAAUCACUUCACUCUGUCAUCAUCUGUCAGUGAGACAAAAGAAGAGCAAGAGAAAGUACAUCACCAAGUUGAGAUAACAUGCCCCAUUUGAUCAGACUUUUGACAAAGGUUUUUUUGUAUUAAAUAGUUUUAUUUUCAAGAGAAAUGUAUGCAAACAAAUGUAAACAGGGAUAUCUGCCAGUGUCUGGCAAAACAACUACAAAAGCUUGAGACAAUAUAAAACAAAUUAGCAUCAACAUCUUCCCCGGACAACAAUCCAGGAUAUGAACUGUAUUCUAGGAAAGCACUGCUGUGCACUGACUGAAUGAGACAUCUUCACGGGUUUAUUAUCCAGCUGUUUGCCGUAGGAACAUAUUUAUUCUGUCGACUGACGGCCGGGUUGUCCAAAAUGGCCUACUUUUGCUGUCUUUUAAAAAAACUGACCUAGGAUCAGAACAAACACUGCAGUGGCAGCUCAAUAAAGAAAACUGCCUCAAGUCACUCAAAACACUGCAUCAUUAAAUCUGUCUUCAUACUGGUAUAAAACAUUUUAAACAACCAAUAAAUAGAGUGCUUAGCUAGCACUAAGUCUUAAAUUACCAUAACUUAGUAGAAAACACACUACGGUAACUGCUGCUCCUUACAAACUAGCUAAAAUCUAAACAGGACAUCCACCUUUAAAGAGGUAAUCUUUUAAACCUAAGCUGAGGUGACUUUUCAGCUGAGAUGCUGACACAGCAGUAACAAACAGCUUUCCUCGCAGCCUGGCCUGUUCUCAGAACCCUAACAAUUUCAAACUAGGAAGGAACUUGGUCAAACUGACCUUGAACAUGUUCUUUACCAUAAAGGACAUGAGAAUAACUUGGAGAUGCGGCCCCUAUGAUAUGCUGUAAAAUAGUAUGAAGUGGAGUGGCCAGCAGGCGGGUGCUCUUUGCUGCCUUUGUCUCAGAGGAGACAGACUCAUACAUCUAUGGUAGAGG